AUGGCGAUCCCCAACUACGAUGAUGGUGCAUCAUCAUCAUCUGACUCCGUCGACAGCGAUGUCGGCAUCAAGUGCAGCGACUGCAAGCGCACCUUCCGCUCCCUGGGCCACUACAACAACCACAUGCUAGGUUGCACUCCUGUAUCGACGACCCCACAAGUCCGCGAGGUACUCCCAGCUACCGCAUUGGGUAGCUCUUCAGUCACCAUAAACCAGAUAAGGGCUGCAAACGCACCUGUACUGGCACCCAGAGCACCGAUUUCGUCUAAUGUAUCCUCCACGCAUACCAGCAAUGCGGCUGCUUUUGUGUGCAAUAACCGCGGUUGUGAUCGCUCCUUCAGGUCCGAAGCCGGCCUAAAACAGCACAAGCAGGACGCCCACGGUAUUGGAGGGCAGCCACUGAACUUGGCUGGCGGCGACUCAUGGAUGCUCAGCAACCGCGAGCGAGAACGGAUGCGCCAAGAAGGUCUGCUUCAACAACCUACUUCCUCUCGGGGUCGCGGCGGCCAAGGAGGUCGUCCAGCCCCUCGUGGAGCACCUUCCCGUCCUCGGGGGGCUCCCUCUUCAACAAGACCAUCUGCACAACAACAGCAAUCUGCCUUCGCCCGUCCAAUGCCACAGCAAACUCGCUUAGCAGUUCAAAUGCCUCCUGCUCCCAUCAGCACGAACAUGGGCGGCGUUGCGGAGCUUGAGCAGGCCAAGUCCAUCCAGGCAAAGACCCAACGGUUGCUCAUCCAAUCAGACGUCUUCAUCCUACAUGAUGGAAAGGUCAACGCUUGCGAUAUUAUGUGGACUCGGAUCGGUGUCGCCAAACAGUACGAUGUGGUUACGAUGCUGGACGGCAUGUGCCAUCUCCCAAAAAUGCUGCAAGGCGAAUACAUACCUCCUCCAAAGGCAUUGAAAGAAGAAUACAAGGCCACGUAUUUGUCAAGCGACUUCAAAGCCUCCCCCGAAUGCAACAUGGUCAAACCAGGUCUUGGCGCAGUCGCGAUCUCAUGCAGCAAAAUCCUGCUAGCAAACGGCUGCCCCGAGGUCGUCAAGAUAGCAGCUGUUGAUCUGAUCACCCGCCGAAUCCUUAUGAACCACCUUGUCUGUACUGAUCCGCACGCGAAAGUCAAAGAUUGGUACUCCCCGGUCACCGGAUUGUUUAGUUGGGGCGACAUGGAGGGAGCUCGAAAAGCCGGGUACAAGAUCUUCAAGGGCUGGGCGGCAGCACGGGACGCGCUACACAGGUUCGUCGACAAGGAGACCAUCAUCGUUGGCUGCAACCUGCGUUCGGAUUAG